CGCGGGCUUGGCGGCGGCUGCUGCGCCUGCGCUUUGUGGCGGUUCCUCCCGCCUCUGCCUCCUCCUCCUCCGCCUACAACACAAAUCCGCCGGAGCCCGAUUCGGAGGGAGGGAGAGAAGCAGCCGUUUUAUCUGCAGCAAGAAGGGUGUGUAACGCCGGACGAACUAUGCGGGGUGAAGGGCCGUGAAGGAGGAAUUGCUAUCCGAACCCCCCCCCCCCUUCUCCUCCAAACUUUGGAUGUUUCGAGAGAGGUCACAGUGUUUAUGAUUCACAGACAGUAGACAGCAGUAAUCAUGAGUGGUGAUUCCAGCCAAGAAGUGAUAACAUCCCCUCCUCCACCCAGUGCAAUUCAUAAGGGGGGCUACUUUGAUCACAUCAAUGAAGGUGAUCCUGAAUAUAUCCAAGAAGGAAACAGAUCACCAGAAUUGAGACAGGAUUUCAACCUGAUGGAACAGAGAAAGCGGGUUUCUCAAAUACUGCAGAGCCCUGCCUUCAGAGAUGAGCUUGAGACCCUCAUUCAAGAACAGAUGAGAAAGGGUAAUAAUCCUAUUGGUCUGCUUGCCCUGCGCCAAAUCGCAGAUUUUGUAAUGGCAAGUUCUGUUGCAGCUUUACCCACAACACAACUUAGCCUAGGAAUAGCCACACCCAUCAAUGAUCUACAUGCCAUUGAAUCUGCUACCUUUGCAAAAGGAGAGAAGUUGAUCCGCUGUAAAAUUGCAAGCCUUUAUAGAAUGGUGGACCUCUUUGGAUGGGCUCACUUAACCAAUACCUACAUAACAGUCAGAGUAAGCAAAGAACAGGAACACUUCCUUAUUAUUCCCAAGGGUCUUUCAUAUGCUGAGGCCACAGCUUCAAAUCUUGUGAAGGUUAACAUAUUGGGCAAAGUAGUGGACCAGGGGAGUACAAAUCUCAGAAUCAACCAAGCAUCAUUCAGCCCACAUGCAGCUAUCUAUGCAACACGCCCUGAUGUCAGAUGUGCAAUACAUAUACAUACACCCGCAGCUGCUGCUGUCUCAACCAUGAAAUGUGGCAUCCUGCCUAUAUCCCAAGAAGCCUUGAUUGUGGGCACUGUUGCAUAUUAUGACUAUCAUGGUUCACUUGAUGAAGAGAGUGAUCGAAUUCAGCUGCAGAAGUGUUUAGGUACAGCUUGCAAGGUAUUGGUUCUUAGAAACCAUGGUGUGAUAGCACUUGGUGAGACCAUCGAGGAAGCUUUUCACUACAUCUACAACGUUCAAUUAGCCUGUGAGAUUCAGGUAAGAGCCUUGGCAAGUGCAGGUGGAGUGGAUAACUUGCUGCUGCUGGAUCUGGAAAAGUUCAAGUAUUGCACGCACAUGGUGGCUCUUGAAGGAGUCAAUAUGGGAACCACACAAAAGUGGAGAGUUGGAGAACAGGAAUUUGAAGCAAUGAUGAGAAUGUUGGACAAUUUGGGCUACAGAACAGGCUACACUUACAGACACCCAAUUCUGAGGGAAAAACUAAGGCAUAAGAGAGAGGUGGAGAUACCUGCGACCGUCACUGCAUUUUCCUUCGACGAUGAUGUACUGCCCCACUCUCCUCUCAAAUUCCUGGCACAAAAACAGCAGCGGGAAAAGACAAGAUGGCUGAAUACACCAAACACGUACAUGAAGGUCAAUGUUCCUGAGGAAUCUCCAUCAGGUGAUUGCAGCCCUAGGUCAAAAACCACAUGGAAGAAAGCUGACAACACUGCAAAUAGUGGGACACCAAUCAAGAUAGAAGAUCCUAAUCAGUUUGUUCCACUAAAUACUGAUCCACGAGAGGUCCAUGAUAAGAGAAACAAGAUUCGUGAACAGAAUCGAUAUGACAUGAAGACUGCGGGGCCACAGUCGCAAUUACUGGCUGGUAUUGUUAUUGAGAAGAAAGGCAUCCCGCUUACGCAACUGGAAAUUGAAAGGAUGAGUGAGCAGAUCCCAACUGGCCCACCAAACCCAUUCAGUUACCUCAACGAGAAUGAAUUGGAGGAAUACAAAACGAUGAUAGAACGAAAACAGCAAGGAUUGGAUGAUGCUGAACAUGAACUAACAUCAGAUGAUGGUUCUGCGUUAUCACCAACUCAAUCCCCACACGCCUUACCAGCAGAAUUGGAAGAUAACACUCCACCAGCGGUGGUAGUGAAUGGAGGGAAGGAAGACGGACAAGCUUUUGCAGAAGACGUGACAAACCGCAUCAGCCAGUUGACAACUGGCACUGUGGAGAGCGUGGAGAUCACCAUCAAGUCAACUGAAAAGGUGGAUCUGAAUGCUAGUGAUGCCCUUUCACCUGAGGGAUCUCCUUCGAAAUCUCCAUCAAAAAAGAAAAAGAAAUUCCGCACGCCAUCAUUCCUGAAAAAGAACAAAAAGAGAGAGAAGGUGGAAGCAUAAUGAUGAGUUUGCAGGGAUGUUCUGCAAUUAAAAUGCUGGUCAAAUUAAUGUCAGUUUUAACAUGUUGACAUGUUCAACAAAAUGUGCUAAACAUCUUUUGACUGUGCACUGACCAAGAAUGAAUGGAAAAAGGCACAAAGGGGGUUUAAAUCUAGCAUUUAAAUAUUAUUGCAAGUUUCUUUAGCAACUAACCUUUUGCCAAAAUGAAAUCACAUUCUAGUUAAUUCUAGACCUGGAACUGUUAUACAAUGGAAUUGAUUUUAAUCUUUAAAUGAAACUCAUCUCAGUAAGUCCGCUAAAGUGUGGAAAUUUUAUACAUUUAGACAGAUAAUUUAAUCCAUGACAGAAAACUUUCUAAAUUUUUUAACACGAUUAAAUAAACGUUACAAGCAUGCUAUAUAAGGGUUUAAUGAAAAAUAAAUGACUAAGACUGCCUGACUCGAGUAUACCAUGGAAAGUCUAGGCAUGUUGUGGUUCUGAUAUUAAUGGGCUAGAUUAUACAAAACUGGACUCGUGUCAAUAGUAUCUUUUGUUCUCUUUUAAAAAAACAAACUAUACUGCACUUUUGGUAUACUUAAUUUACUAGUAACUAAAACAUGCGUGAAUCCAUGAGGUAACCAAAUGAAGGAGAAAUAAUACUACCAGAAAGGGAAAGGCAGGGUGUGCAGCCGGCGUAAUUAUGGGAAAAGGAUUGAGUUGUGAUAAAUGGAAAGUGGUAAAUAGGCAAUUGACGUUUUGUUUUUGAAAGUGUGGUUCAACUUGUAGCAUAAAAGAAUAAAAAAGGCAUGAAGAUAAUGUUUUAAAUGCAUGAUCUAGAAAAAUUAAGCUAGAACACAAUGAUCUGGUGCUAGCCUGCUCCUUGAAUCAUGUCGCUUUUAAUUGACCCAUUUGUUCCUCUCAUUCCUCCCUUAAAUCCCAAGAUGCCAAGUAACAUUGCAAACAUUGUUUGCCUUGGUCCACAUCUUGACCGUAUCCAUGUGGCUCUUGAUUGGCUAUCAGUUGUUGGCCAUGAAGUUGACUGUACUGACUUGCCCAUCGAUGAGCCAACAGGGUUUGGUCUCGUGACGUGUUCGUGGACACUUUAUCUCUCCUGGAAGAAGAUUAGUUUCCCCAGUGUAAGAUUGGUUUUUAAUGUGAAUGACAAAGUUCAUUCUUGUUACAGUUGUGAAUUUAUUCUGCAAUGUUAGUGACCACACUGAGAUUUAAGUAGUAUUUUCCCAAGAAACCCAUCUUUUUUAUAUAAAUGAAUUCUACUGUGGUAGCAUGCUAUUAACUGUCAAGAGAAACAUCAUAUAGAAUUGAUCUUUCACAUUUUAUGUAAAAAUUAUUUUUCACGUUGUAUGUUCUCUUGUGCAGUACUUGUAAUACAUUUGCUACAAAGUGUUUUCUUGUGUAAAAUAUGCAGUGGGAAACGAUAAGAUCACGUUCAAAGACUAAGAAAUCGAUCAAUGAUGUGCACAUUUAAAAAGUGACCUGAUUUGUGAUUACAAUUAAACUUGCUAUAUACUGAUGACUUCCAUGGAUUCGUAUCCUUUUGAACAAAAUGCCAACAUUGGAAUAAGUAAUUUGUAUUUUUCAUUUGAACUUUUGCUUCAGAAUGACAAUAUGGUAUUUUUAUAAGCAUAAGAGAUUUAAACGCUGAUCUCCAUAUUGUUUCUCCAUUUAUAACAACCUUACCUGUUCUCUGAUGAAGAUGGGUUUACCAGAUGAAUAGACUUCUGUUACUAAUUCUUCUAAAACUAAAUAUUUUCAUGGUAGUUCUGUCAGGAGAAGGACCUAAUAAAUGCGUGAGCUGAGUUUAGAAACUCGAGAGAGAGCCACUAAAUGAGUUUGAGAGAAAAUAAAGAAAACCACUACAUUGGGGUCUGUGAUUGGAAUCCCAAUUAGCAAUGUGAAUGAGAGUCUGAAUACCGAAUGUUGAUGAAUGAAAUUGGGGUUGUUAGAUGGUUCGAGGCUGUAGGAAUGGAUCUCUGAAAGGGAACAACACCAUCUCAACACUAAGUACUGGAAAGAAAAGUAAAAUUAACUUUUUUUUAAAUGCCAACUUUUUUUAGUUAACUCUAAGAUAGUUAUCUGGACAUGUGCUACUGGUAACUUUUUUGGAGAGGGGAGGGGAGGGAGAAAUUGGGGGGAUUAUUUUCAAAUCAAAACUAUCUGUCUACAUUAUUCCUACAGCUUUUGUGCAUUAAAAUGGACUUUGCUUAAUGGCAUUGCUUAAAAUGGACUUAACUGACCUUGUUGCACCUUGUUAAUGGCACUACAUAUAAGUGCAGCAACCCUGUGGAAUAUAUAAAGCUUUAACAAAAUUGCUUUUUAGAUGUGUUGCUAAUCCAUGUAAAGUCCACUAAUAAGCAGUAUUUUACAAUGUGGAGACAUCUCAUUUUAGUAAUCUAUAAUUUGUACCUUAUACUAGACUUAUUUUCCAAUAACCUUACUCUUUGAUUGAAAUUAUUUGAUAUUAUGUGCUUAUUAAAUUAUAUUCUGAUAAAAUCCCAUAGCUUUCUUAUUUUUGAAAUUCUGUAACCCAUCUAAACUAUUGGAGCAUUUUAAAAUCUGGAAUCUGCUUAUGGAAGAAUGUAAAAGAAAUGGCACUCUGUAUAGCAGCUUACUUGCUCUAUGAAAAAUUAAAUACCAAUAUAAACACCAAA